CAAGAAGUGAAAAAAGAGGAUUUAAUAAAAUACACUUUCCUUAGUAAUAACUCACUGAAAAUUUGCUAAAUAACUUCGCAUAGAAGUUCCAUAAACCACCACAAAGGUCUCUCAGUUUCAUACUUUUAACGUCAUCUAAACCUACAAAAUGAGGGAAGUGAUCUCAGUGCACGUGGGUCAAGCGGGAGGCCAGAUGGGCAAUGCGUGUUGGGAACUGUACUGUCUGGAACACGGAAUACAGCCGGACGGCCAGAUGCCCAGCGACAAAACCAUCGGCUGUGGGGAUGACUCGUUCAACACGUUCUUCUCCGAGACCAGUUCGGGCAAGCAUGUACCACGUGCCAUCUUCGUGGACUUGGAACCCAGUGUGGUGGACAUGGUGCGGACAGGGAAGUACAGACAGCUGUUCCAUCCGGAACAACUCAUCAGUGGCAAGGAGGAUGCGGCCAACAAUUAUGCCAGGGGUUGGUUUGUACACUUGUGA